UGCUUAUCAUGUUCGUACUGUAUCGACCGAUCUCAUCAUAACUUAACCCCACUUGGAGCCUCGAUAAUGCCUGACCCCAUCAUGAUCCACAUCAGCUUCACCCGCUGACAUCACCCAAACUUGUCUUUCAUAGCCCCAAGCCUUCGAUACGUUGGCCAUUGAGGGUAUCAAUCUCAUACGUGCUUCUUUCGACGGAAACUUCAUCUGCAGUGCUAACUAAACCCCGCUAUCUCGACACCACUUUGGCUCUACCAUUAUCAGACCAUCAACACCAACAUGUGUCAACACACCCAUAACUAUGAUGAACCUCAGCAGUCCAAGCCAGAACCUGCAGGGGACCAGCCCCCAUUCCCCUGGCAUCUGCCAAUAUGCGACGCCCACUGCCAUCCAACAGAUACAAUGGCUUCGGUAACUGAUAUACCCUCUAUGCGUGCAGCAGCUUUGACCAUCAUGGCAACACGUGCCCAGGACCAGGACCUCGUUACAGAUGUCGCUAGCAACCAUUCCAACCCGGAUCUUAAAUCACUCUUGCAAGGAAAAUCCGAAGCAACAGAUACCUGUGCUAUUCCCUCCUUUGGCUGGCAUCCAUGGUUUUCUCAUCUACUCUACGACGACUCGGCCGACACUCCGACAUUUCAGUCCAUCUCCGGCUCCGAGACCGACAAUGCCGCCAAACAAGCACAUUAUAAUGCCGUUCUACAGCCAGUGCCUUCACCAGACUUUGUUGCUUCUCUUCCUUCCCCUAUCGCUAUAAGCUCAUUUCUCAAUGCAACUGAAUCCCGUCUAUCCACUAGCUCUUGCGCUCUUGUUGGUGAGAUCGGCCUUGAUAAGGCUUUUCGUCUCCCAGAACCGUGGCAGCCAUCAGACCAUGUCGAGAGAGAUUCAACACUCACACCAGGGGGUCGUGAGGGCCGACAGCUCAGCCCUUAUCGCGUGAAAAUAGAGCACCAGCGUGAUAUUCUUGCCGCACAGCUUCGUCUUGCUGCAAAAGCUCGCAGAGCUGUCAGUGUGCAUGGCGUGCAAGCUCACGGCAUCUUGUAUGAGACACUUGCGGCAACGUGGAAGGGCCACGAGCGGGAGGUUAUAACACGACGAAAGCGCCGUCUUGUGGCAUCGGGUGCCGAGGACUUCUCAGACGACGACGACGACGACGACGACGACGACGGCAGUGACAAGCCGUACCCCCCUCGAAUGUGUCUGCAUUCAUUCAGCGCUAGUGUCGAAGUAUUGAGGCAGUAUCUGAACCGAACAAUCCCGGCUCGUAUCUUUGUCUCAUUGUCAACAGCUGUCAAUUUAAGCACUGAUGCUAGCCGGAAUAAGACUGACGAUGUCCUACGGGCCCUGCCUGAUGACAGCAUCCUAGUGGAGAGUGAUCUUCACAUUGCCGGCAAACAAAUGGACAGUGCAUUGGAAGACAUGUACCGACAUGUUUGUAGGGUCAAGGGCUGGAACCUUGAUGAAGGCGUCAAGAAAAUUGCGAGAAAUUACGAAGAGUUCAUAUUCGGGUGAUAGACAAGACGAGCAUGCGUGAAUAAGCACAAGGAAAAUAGAUCAGGCACAAGAGCGUAUUAUAGAGACGUAUGUUUCAAGUUGUGGUAUUAGAUUGCUAUAGCUUCUAUUGAGCGAGAG